CGCGUUGAGGAGUUUGGUCGAGGAGAUUGGCCCGGCCUCGCCUCAAGAACACUUGUACUUGCAGCACAACUUCUAGAAUCGACUCAACGGCCCGUGAGACGUGGCGUGUCGUUGCCAAUCACUAACAUGGAAAUGGAAGUGGUAAGAGAGCAUGAAAAGUUUACUGUUCGUUUCGUUAUCGGGUCUCCUCCUCCUCCUCGGAGCUACUGCUUUCUCGAGGGAAGGGCCUUCCUAUGAUUACUCUGCAAGUAUUGAGUGCAAAUCAGCACCGGAUGAUCCGCUCUACAACGGUGGCAUCAUCAAGAACCAGACUCUUGGAACGAGAAGGUACCGCCACUUCAACGUCCCGAUGAAUUCCCCUGCUUUCGCCUUGAGCAAUCUCACCGGUGACACGAUCUACACCUUCUCCAGCUGGGUUAAGAUAUCCGGUGCAGAUUCCGCUGCAAUAAAGGCGACCCUAACAACCGAUAACACCACCUUCGCAUGCAUGGGGACUGUUAUCGCGAGGAGUGGAUGCUGGUCGUUUCUCAAAGGCGGAUUCAGCCUCGACUCACCUUCAAACUACGCGCUCAUCUACUUUCAGAAUUCAGAUGAUCUGCAACAGAUAAAUAUAUCAGUUUCAAGUGCUUCUCUUCAGCCCUUUACUUCUCAGCAAUGGAAGGCAAACCAGCAAAACAUGAUAAGCACAGAAAGAAAACGCGCUGCCAUACUGCAUGUAUCGGAUGUCAAUGGAAAGAGGUUGUCAGGCGCCACCGUCGUUGUAGAGCAAAUUUCUCGAGAUUUCCCGUUCGGCUCCGCCAUCGCAAAGACCAUCCUCGGAAAUUCUCCGUAUCAAGAUUGGUUCGUGGAACGAUUCAACGCUGCUGUGUUCGAAAACGAGCUGAAAUGGGGAGCGACGGAGCCUCGACAGGGAGAGGUAAACUACACGAUCCCGAAUCAAAUGCUCGAAUUUGCACGACGGAACCGGAUCACGGUGCGGGGGCACAACAUCUUCUGGGAGGACCCGAAGUACACGCCUCCGUGGGUUCAAACCCUACCGACCCCCAAGCUGAAGUCUGCGGUCGCCUCGCGGAUUCAAAGCCUCGUCUCCAACUACAAGAACGAGUUCGUACACUGGGAUGUCGACAACGAGAUGCUCCAUUGGGACUUCUACGAGCGGAGGCUUGGCCCAGACGCCGGCCUCGACUUCUUCCGGACGGUUCAGGGGUCGGACCCCCUGGCCCGCCUGUUCAUGAACGACUACAACGUGCUUGAGACGUGCGACGACGCGAAGUCGACGGUCGACCGUUACGUCUCGAGGCUGCGGGAGCUCGGAGCCGGCGGGGUGGUGAUGGAUGGGAUCGGACUCGAGGGGCACUUCUCCGCUCCGAACCCGGCCCUAAUCCGCGCCGUGCUCGAUAAACUAGCCCUAUUAAAUCUCCCCAUCUGGCUCACGGAGGUUGAUAUCAGCAACAAAUUCGAUCAAGAAAUGCAGGCCAAAUAUUUAGAGGUGGCUUUGAGAGAAGGUUUCUCACAUCCUUCUGUUGAUGGAAUCAUGCUGUGGACUGCAUUGCAUCCCAAUGGAUGCUACCAAAUGUGUCUCACCGACAACGCUCUCCGGAACCUUCCGGCCGGAGACGUCGUCGACGCCCUGCUGAGGGAAUGGCGGACCGCGACGAUUGGUGGAGAAACCGACGACCACGGCGCCUUCGCCUUUGUGGGCUUCCUCGGAGAAUACGAGGUUCGGGUCAGCUACGGCAACAGAACAACUAACUCAACGCUGUCUCUCAGCCGAGGCCGUGAAACCAAACAUCAAAACAUUCAGUUGUAAUUUAGAUUAAAAUUGUACAAAUAGUAUCAUUAUACGUAACCUUACUAUUGGAUUACGAUAAGAGAUGAAAUAUAGUUAAUUAGGAUUAAUUA